AUGGCCAAAAGACUCAGUGGUUUGCAGCGAGAUGUACUUCAAAUGUACAGACUCUGUGUGAGAGAGGCACACAAAAAACCGUUGGCCAGCAGGCCUAACUUCUUAAGAUACAUCAGAACAGAGUUUGUCAAGUAUCGAGAUAUUCCACGGAAAGACUUUAGCACGAUAGAACACCUGCUCAGAGUAGGGCAUCGCAGGCUCGAAACGUUCGCAUCUCCUGAGGUCAAAGAUAUUCAUUGA